AGGGCGCUGUGAAGCCGCGGCUCUGCCCUCACUCAAGAUGGCCGCCCCCAUCAAGAUGACCGGGGUGUGCCGGGGGUAGAAGGGUGGCGCGGUGGCCUGAGCAGCUGCAGGGUCCGAGCAUGUCGAGGCACCCGGGGUUGGGGUGCUGGGUAGCGGGGGGUGGGGUCGGCGGGGGCUGGGGAGGUCAGUAGCGACCCCUCUCCUGGACCCCACCCCCACCCUCCCCCAGGCUGAGAUGGGGAACAUGUUGGGCCUGGCUCCUCCGGGAGCUCUGCCCCGCCGAAGCGCCCGUCGCGAGGAGCCGCUGCCCAACCCGGGGAGUUUCGAUGAGUUGCACCGGCUCUGCAAAGAUGUGUUCCCAGUACAGAUGGAGGGAGUGAAGUUCAUUGUCAACAAGGUUCUGAGCAGCCAUUUCCAGGUGACCCACACUGUGCACAUGAGUGCCCUGGGCUUGUCAGGUUAUCACCUCCAUGCUGCUUUUGUUGGUGACCAACAGCUCAGUUCUACUGAGGUGUUCCCUACUGUUGUGGGGGAUAUGGACAGCAGUGGGGAGCCUCAAUGCCCAGGUCCUGCUUCUCGUGGCAGAGCGGCUCCGAGCCAAGGCAGUCUUCCAGACCCAACAGGCCAAGUUCCUGACGUGGCAGUUUGAUGGGGAGUAUCGGGGGGGAUGACUAUACUGCCACUCUGACACUGGGGAACCCUGACCUGAUUGGGGAAUCAGAGCCUUACUCAACGUCUGGUGCUGGGGGGAGAGCUGGUAUAUCACCGGCGCCCAGGAGAGGAGGGGGCUAUCCUGACGCUGGCUGGGAAGUA